UCCCUUUUCUCUGCAUGUGGAAGAAAGAACAAACCUACUACUAAUACCAUACUGGUAUACGUACUUUUAGAGAAAAUUUUAGGGCAAAUGUAGUGUGUUCUAAUACGUAGAAACAAAUUUUAGUAAUUUUAGUUACAAAAUUUGUUCGUAAAAGAUUUGUGUUCUCGACGAUAACAAUGUGAUUAUUUUGUAAAAAUUAAGAUACAAAUUCUUUGUCUGUCAAAAUUUUUGAAUAAAUAUUUAAUAGAAAUGUUUGUUUAUGUAAUUGCUUUGUAGUUGUUCUAUUUUGUAUGAUUUUUUUUAUCGAUUCUAGUGAACGACAUGUAAAGGUUAUAGAUUUUUUAAUGUUUAUAUACAUACAUAUACGAUUAGUAUAUUAAAAAAUAUUAAAAAUAAUAAAAUAUUAAAAUAUUAAAAUAUCAAGAUGAUUCGCUUAUUAAGCAGAAGCCCAAUAUUAACACUCAUUUUUCCAUUGGAGAAGACUAGCUAUGAUAAGCCAAUGAGUCAAACAAUAAAACCACUGAAUGAUGAGUUAAGUUGGGACAGAGUAAAAAGAAUAUUUACUAUUGAUGAAAAUGGCUGGUAUAGAAAGGAAAUACAAUCUAUCAUAAAUAUAACACUGUGUGGUUUUGCAACUGGUUUAUGUAUGGGAGGUAUUGUUGCAAUGAAGAAUGCAGUAGAAACUUUUAUCGCGAAUAACGAAGCGUCACAGUUCAUUAGUCAUUUUGAUGCGAAACGGAAUCUUCAAGAUAAAGUUAUUCUUAAUUUUUUAAAGAAGGGUACGAAAGUGGGUUUGAAAAUUGGAUUGUUUUGUCUUAUUUUUAGUUCUGUAACGACAUGUACAACAGCAUAUCGAGGGAAAUUGGCGGUAGAAAAUUAUAUGUUGGGUGGUUCUGUAACAGGAUUCCUAUUUAAAAUAAAUUUAGGACUUCGGGGAAUGCUCGUUGGCACUGGACUUGGUGGUAUAUUAGGUGGAUUAUGUGGCACUACAUCGAUUAUUAUUCUUAAAUUGUCAGGAGUAACUAUAGAUGAAAUAUUAGAAGCACAACAACAAUGGAUAAACUCAAGGAAUGAUUACCCCUAAAGACUGGAUAAGAUCGAGCAGAGGUGCUUUGCAAGAGGAAUAUAACAUCCUUUCUUUAAUAC